GUCAAUAUUCGCGCUUGAGCGACACAGUGCUCGGGUGUAUUGCCAACUGAUUCACUUCAACAAAAUGUUUGCGAUUUCUAGUCAGUUGACGCUGACGCUAGUAGGUCACUUGAUACUCCUGCAUAUGAUGGAAAACAGUGCGAUCUGCUCGGCUUUCGUCCCGGCUUCUCAACGGACAACGUUUUCCAAUUGCCGACGCAGCAAAAAUAGAGUUGGUCGACAUGGAUGCUUCCUCCUAGCUUCACAGUCAGCAACUCCUGGUACGACCUCUCCUACUCCAGUUGUUGUCGGUAGCGGUAUCGGCGGGCUAUGUGCGGCCGCCAUGCUGGCAAAGUAUGGGUACACAGUGGCCGUACUCGAGUCGCAUAAUGUCCCAGGCGGCGCUGCGCAUGGAUUUACCGCGCGUGAUCCAAAAAUUGAAGGCGAGUUUCGUUUCGAUACCGGGCCAUCCUUCUUUUCCGGAAUAAAUUCGGAUACACCAGCCAAAGCUUCGAAUCCGUUGAGAACAGUCUUGGACGCGAUUGAUGAAAGGGUUGAAUGUGUUCCAUACACUACGUUUGGUUUGCAAUUCCCCGAAGGUAAUUUUGAGCACUCUUGUUUCUUUGGAGCACAGGGUGGCCUUCUAGAACAGCUCCAGGGAACCACCGCGCAAAAAGAAUGGCAAGCCCUCAUGCAAAGCAUGGGCCCCUUAGAAAAAGCCGUAGCGGCCUUGCCGACAGCCGCCUUACGUGGUGACAUUGGCCUGCUGUUGACCGCCGCUCCGUUUUUGCCGAACUUUACUACGCUCAAUCCUCUUGAAAAUCUCAAACUCACCCAGCCAUUUAGUGCCAUCGUAAAUCCAUCUGUGUCGAACGUGUUCACGCGAAAUUGGCUAGACUUGCUGUGCUUUUGUCUUUCUGGGUUACCAGCAAAGGGUACAAUUACGGCUGAAAUGGCCAUGAUGAUGGGAGAGUUCUACGCCCCUGGCGCCGUCAUGGAUUGCCCCAAAGGCGGAGCCCAAUCCAUUGUAAAAGCCUUAGUUCGAGGAAUUGAAAAGUAUGGUGGUGAAGUUGUUUGCAAUACGCACGUGCAGGAAAUUGUGGUGGAAAACGAAAAGGCUGUUGGUGUUGUAAUCAAGCAAGGCAAACAAAGAGUUGCCGCUUCCAAGGCAGUGAUAAGCAAUUUGUCGGUUUGGGACUUGUUUGGCAGUGGCAUUUUGGAUACCACCCUUUUGCCAAAUUCUCUUGUCCAGCAGAAGUUGUCCACUCCAUUGGGUAAAUCUUUCAUGCAUUUGCAUGUAGGAUUCCGCAUGUCCAAAGGGGAGCUACAAACCUUGCAAGCACACUAUAUGCAUAUGGAAGACUGGGGUCGAGGCGUCCAAGAUGAAGACAAUGCAGUCCUGGUCUCCAUUCCUUCUGUUCACGAUGAUACAUUAGCACCGGAAGGAUACGCAGUUUUGCACAUAUACACACCUGCCACCGAAGACUUUACACGCUGGGAAAAUGUUCAAAGUAAAGAAGCAUACGAAAAACUGAAGGAGGAACGCAGUCAGUAUCUAUGGAAGGUACUGACUCGGAUUGUCCCAGACAUUCGCGAGAGGGCCCGGAUUGUUCGUGUAGGUACUCCUCUGACUCACCAACGGUUUCUGCGUCGGUACAAAGGAUCAUAUGGACCCGCCAUCCAGGCCGGCGUAGGAUCGUUUCCAUUCGCGGGUACUCCGAUUCGACAAUUACUAACCUGCGGGGAUUCUUGCUUUCCUGGUAUUGGCGUACCAGCUGUGGCAGGAUCCGGCCUUUUGGCCGCGCACUCUGUAUCUUGGGAUUCAAUUGGACCCCAGCAAGAUCUUCUUAAAACCUUGCAGAAGAGGAAAUAAAUUAUCCUCUUUCAUAAAUAUUAUCUAAUUUAUUUCUACUUGG